AGUUUUUCCUCAAGUUCACUCAGUCAGGUGCAUCCAUCACUUCAGCUGUCGCUCUUGAGACUGUGCUGAAGAAUGAGGAAAUACGACUUGAACAACAUUACAGGAGGACUUUUCAAAAACUCAGCUGCAGUCGAGCAGGAUAAAGAUGGAUCCAACAACCCAGGUCCUCAUGUUGGGAAGCAAGAUGAGAACACUGACAGGGGAAAUUGGAGUAGCAAACGAGAGUACAUGCUGUCUAUGAUCGGCUAUGCAGUUGGUCUCGGAAAUGUGUGGAGGUUUCCCUACUUGGCUUACAAACAUGGGGGAGGGGCUUUCCUUAUCCCCUACACUAUCAUGUUGGCUGUUGCUGGCCUUCCGUUGUUCUUCAUGGAGAGCUCUUUUGGACAGUUCUGCAGCCAAGGCCCCAUCAAUGUGUGGAAAGCUGUGCCUAUACUGCAAGGUGUUGGCAUCACAAUGAUGCUGGUUAGCACUUUUGUGGCAAUCUACUAUAAUGUGAUCAUUGCAUACAGUAUCUACUACCUUUUUGCAUCUUUUCAAAAUCCUCUCCCCUGGAGUAUCAGGAACUGCAGCUCAACAGCAGCCUACAACAUUUCUGCUGCAGAACUGAAUUUGAAUCAAACCUGCCAGAACGAAAUCUCAUCAGGCCAGAGCCUCAGCGAGAAAUACUGGGAUGAGGUGGCUCUUCAGCGCACUAGCAGUAUGAAUGAGACGGGGCCAGUAGUAUGGCACCUGGCCCUCUGCCUGCUGCUCUCCUGGAUACUAGUCGGAGCAGCUCUCUUCAAAGGCAUCAAGUCCUCUGGGAAGGUGGUGUAUUUCACAGCUACUUUCCCUUACCUCGUCCUUUUGAUCCUGCUAAUUCGUGGUGUAACUCUGGAGGGAGCGAAAGACGGCAUUGAGUUCUACAUCGGUUCAAACUCCAACCUCACCAAACUGGCUGAUUCUGAGGUUUGGAAGGAUGCAGCUACUCAGAUCUUCUUUUCUCUCUCCAUUGCCUGGGGUGGUUUGAUGGCUCUGUCCUCUUACAAUAAGUUUUACAACAACUGCUACCAAGACUCCAUUAUUGUUUGUGUUACUAACUGUGGCACCAGUAUCUUUGCCGGCUUCGCCAUCUUUUCUAUCCUCGGACACAUGGCGCAUGUCUAUCAGAGACCUGUGUCAGAAGUUGCAGAUGCAGGUUUUGGAUUGGCCUUCAUUGCGUACCCUGAUGCUCUCUCUAAGCUGCCCAUAUCACCCCUGUGGUCAAUCCUGUUCUUCAUUAUGCUUAUUACCCUUGGCUUGGACUCCCAGUUUGCAGGAAUAGAGGUUAUCACCACUUGCCUUCAGGAUGCCUAUCCCAAAGUUCUGAAGUCCAAACGGGGACUUAUUACGAUAGCAGUCUGCAUUGUUCUCUUUCUGCUCGGCUUGCCGUGUGUCACUGGGGCAGGAAUAUACUGGGUGAAUUUAAUUGACACAUUUUGUGCUGGAUGGAUUCUCCUGGUUGCUGGAUUACUGGAGGUUUUAGGUUUAUCCAUCCUUUAUGGUGGUAAUCGUUUCAUCAAGGACAUUGAGAUGAUGAUCGGGACCAAGAGCUCCCUCUUCUGGUUAUGGUGGAGAGCUUGCUGGUUUUUUAUCACCCCAGUGGUUAUUUCUAUUAUUCUUGUAUGGUCCUUAUAUACUUUUACGUCCCCCACAUAUGGCUCAGUUGCAUACCCAGAUUGGGGCGUUUCCUUGGGCUGGUGUAUGACUGCAUUUUGCCUCAUUUGGAUCCCUAUUCUUGCAAUCUGGAAAGUGUACAAAGCUAGCGGAGGCCCCUGGCAGCGUAUCAAAGCAGCCUGUUCACCUACAGAGGACUGGGGUCCUUACUUGGAGUGCCACAGAGGAGAGCGUUAUGGGACGAGAGGCGUGUCUGAUGCAAAUAUAUUUGUAAUCUCAAAUAAUUUAACUACUAAGUUGUAAAAAAUGUUUAACAUAAGCAUAACAGUUGUACAUGUAUACAUAUGUAGCACCAUAGUUAAUGAACAAGUUAACUUAAUAUUUUAAUGUAUCAAAUUUUAAUCCCUUUGUUUGAUUGAAGUGUGCUCUAUUUGAAUUUUUUGUAGACUUUAUUUUUUAUCUUUUAUGAGAAGUUUGUAUGUUUACAUUUAUCGUUUUAGGUUCUCUUAUUGGAAAAUGUAAUAUUUAUGUUUUUAAUGUCCAAAUUGAAAUGUAAUAUUCAUAUUUAAUAAAUUAUUUAUUAAAUAUAUAUAUAAUAUAUAUAUAUAAACAAAUCAAUAUGGGUAUAAUUACCAGACAAUCAACUGAAAGAUCUUGCAUCUUAUAUUGCAAGCAUGUUUUUUAAUCACAAAAAGGUGGUAAGAAUACAUUUAUGGGGUACAUAUAAUGCAUACUGUUAACCAGUGGUGUAAAAUAUUUGAGUACAUGUAAUUAGUUACUGUACUUAAGUGGCUACUUUGUAGUUUUAGAGAGUAUCAAAGAUAUAAGCAUCUUUUACUCUCUACUUGACUACAAUUUUGAAAAAGUAUGUAUGCCUGUAUGUACUCUUUACUCCAGUCCAUUUGUGAUAAGUAAUGCAAUUACUGACAUUUUGCAUGGCACCUAACUUUUUCUGCAGCAGUUUGUUUCUGCUACAAAAGAAGUGAUAUCGCCAUCUACAAGGCAUUGAAGGUACUAUAUCUUGUGUGUUUUGCCCUUACUCACCCAAACUUGUCAACAAGGCUUCAUUAUGCGAAUGCUAGUGCAUUAGCAGGUAGUUGUGAAACACAUGUGUUUCAUAUUGUAUAUGAGAUGAGGUCAUGACUGCAGCCGGUGAUUAGGCCAAACCAGUACUUCCAGUGCAAGUAGGCUUUGACUAUUUAAUUUUACUUAAAUUGAUUUUAUUUAUCCUUUAUAUUGAAGAGAGCUUUUUGAAGGAUAUUGGUUUACUUAAGCAGUUUUUGAGCACCCGAGCUUAACUGAGACGAGUGUUUGUACACGUUUAAGAGUCUGUUGUGGCGACCUUGAUUUAUUGUAAUAUUGAGGUGUUCAGUUUUAUUUUGAUUUGAGAAAAUAAACAUGAUUUCUCUCCACAAA